UCUGGCAGCGACGUCGAGAGGUUGAGGUCGAGGACGGGGGAGCCGGCGAUGGUGGCGGUGCUGCGUUACCUCCGUGGCUCCUGCAGACAGGCCCUCGGAGGCUUCCUGGGAGGCUUUAGCGGGUCGGCGUCGGGGAGACCCAGGCCGCUGUGCGGGGGUAGCCGCCGCGCCAGCACCAGCUCAUUUGAUAUAGUUGUUGUCGGUGGUGGAAUUGUGGGACUUGCCUCUGCGAGAGCACUCGCCCUGAGACAUCCUCAACUUAAAAUUGGUGUCCUGGAAAAGGAGAAGGAUUUAGCUGUUCACCAGACUGGACAUAAUAGUGGCGUCAUACACAGUGGAAUUUAUUAUAAACCAGAAUCUCUGAAAGCUAAAUUAUGUGUAAAAGGUUCAGCCCUCAUCUAUGAAUACUGUAAACAAAAGGGAAUUCCCUACAAGCAAUGUGGCAAGCUAAUAGUAGCUGUUGAUCAAGAAGAAAUUCCUAGACUUCAGGCCCUAUACGAGAGAGGUCUACAGAAUGGUGUCCAAGGCUUGAGACUGAUCCAGCAGGAAGAUAUAAAAAAGAAGGAGCAAGGACAGCAUGUUACCUAUGAAAACAAACAAGGUCUAAUGGCUAUUGAUUGUCCCUAUACUGGCAUUGUGGACUAUCGGCAGGUAGCUUUGUCAUUUGCCCAGGAUUUCCAAGAAGCAGGUGGCUCAGUCUUGACCAGUUUUGAAGUAGAAAGAAUUGGAAUGGCUAAAGAAAGUUCUUCAGAAAGUAAAGAAGAUUUGCAAUAUCCAGUUGUUAUAAAGAAUAGUAAGGGAGAGGAAAUUCGGUGUCAGUACAUUGUGACAUGUGCAGGACUUUACUCCGAUCGCAUUUCAGAGUUGAGUGGCUGCAGUCCUCAUCCUACUAUUGUUCCAUUCCGGGGAGAUUACCUGCUUUUGAAGCCAGAAAAAAGCUAUCUUGUAAAAGGAAAUAUUUAUCCGGUCCCGGAUAGCCGGUUUCCUUUCCUGGGAAUUCACUUCACACCAAGGAUGGAUGGCAGCAUUUGGCUAGGGCCUAAUGCAGUGCUUGCCUUUAAACGGGAAGGUUAUAGAUUCUUUGACUUCAGUGCCAAAGAUUUCAUGGAAAUAAUUAUGAACAGUGGCUUGAUUAAACUGGUGUUCCAGAAUUUCUCCUAUUCAGUUAAUGAAAUGUAUAAAGCCUGUUUUCUUGCUGUAACAGUGAAGAACCUUCAAAAGUUUGUUCCUGAAAUUACUAUCCAUGAUAUCCAAAGAGGUCCAGCUGGAGUCAGAGCCCAAGCCAUGGACAGAGAUGGACGUUUGGUAGAAGAUUUUGUAUUUGAUGGAGGGGUUGGGGCUAUUGGAAAUCAAAUUCUUCAUGUGAGAAAUGCACCUUCCCCUGCCGCCACUUCUUCCCUGGCAAUUUCAGAAAUGAUUGCAGAUGAAGUGCAACAAAGAUUUGGAUUAUAAAACUUGAAGGGAGCAGGGUAGGAGUUAGUGUCCAUCAACAACAAGAAUGUACUACUUGGAUUCUCUAAGUAGAACCUAGGAAAAUGGUUUUAAACUCUUACUUUAUGGUCACAUUUUAAGUAACCAUUGAGU